AUGAGUGAAUCACAAGACGACGAGGAAGCGAACCACCCAGACUGGGUAACGUUCGAACCAACGAUAACUACCACAGGAACAACAGCGGACAUUUUCCGCGUCUUCACAUCAGGUGACACAACCAACGAAGUACUCCAAAAGACCAGACAGCAAUCAACAGACAAACCACUCCGAUAUGCGACAGACAGUUCGUGCAUACAGGAAGCCGGGACUAGAGCACCAGUAGAGAGAGACCUAGACGUGAUAAGCGACUCACGGCACAGACACGAGGACAAAGGAUACAUAGGGAAAGAAAACGCACCAGUCAUCCAAGCGAUGAUCGCGUUGCUGCGAGCCAGACCUCAUACAGUACGACUGCGAUGGGUCAAAGGACACAAUGGCCAUACACUGAAUGAAGGAGCAUACCAAUUAGCAAACGAACGCGCGAGGAAGACUCACCCAGAUGAGAUAGAUCUAACGAUCCCGCCCCAGCUAACACAGACUGGCGCGAAGCUAGCUACACUGACACAGAAGUUAGCAUACCAAGGAAUACGACAGAGAGAGAUGACAAAGUAUAAAGGAAGAACACGCACGAAGGACAACAUAACAAAGGCGAUCGAUUACGCCGAACACUACCAUAAGACAUCACCGACGGAAGCUAUGAUAUGGAAGAGCAUCAGACAUAAGGAUCUAAGACGGGAAGCAAGAUACUUCCUAUGGAUGACGACCCACAAUGCGUACAUGGUCGGAUCAAACUGGCUAAGGCCAGGGUACUCAGACAACCUGCAAGCAAGGCAUGAAUGCACAGUAUGCGGCAAAAUAGAAUCAAUGGAACACAUACUCACCGAGUGCACAAUACCCGCACAAGCUGAAGUAUGGGAACUGACCGCAGAGCUAUGGCGGAAGAAGCAAAGACCAUGGCACAAGCCGAUGAUAGGAGGAAUAAUAGGCUGCGCAAAUGCGGCCUUCAAAGAUGAGAAAGGGAAGAUACUAAAGGGGUUAACACGACUAUACCGAAUACUCGUAUCAGAGGCCGCGCACCAGAUCUGGAAGCUGAGGAAUGCCCAAGUUAUUAAUAGCGAGGACAAUGAACCACCGUCAAUCGAUGAGAUAAGGAACAAAUGGAUGAACACAAUCAACAACAGAUUGGCGAUGGACUGUAAGAUGACGAGUAAGAAGAAGUACGGAAAGAGAGCAAUCAAGGAGACGUUAGUAGGAGACACAUGGAGCGGGGUACUCAAGAACGAGAAAUACCUACCGCAUGACUGGACAAAGGGGAGAGUUGAGGUUUUAGUGGGUAUUGAUCCCGGUUAA